AUGGCUAUUUGUGUUUUUGAAAAAAUAGAAAAAAAAAAAUUUAUAAAAUCAUUGAAUUAUUUUAAGCUGAGUUCAGAGGAUGUGCUAUAUAGCGAAGAUCAUGAAAAAGGGGAAAAUGGAAAAAGGCGUAAAACAUGCUUGCAUGGAAAUUAUCAAAAUUAUUUUUUUGAAAGAUAUAUGAAAAGAAAAGUUAUAUGUAAAGGGGAUAGAGAUGGUAACGAUAAUGAUAAUGAUAAUGAUAAUAAUAAUAUACCGUUAAGUGAUGUACAAAAUAUAAUACAAGUGUGUGAAAUAACGGAAUGUCAAAACGAAACAAAAGACAAAAUCAACGAUUAUAGAUUAAGUAAUAUAAAUAAUUUAUUUAAAGAUAUAUUUAAGGAUAAAAUAAUUUUAGAUAUAGGAUGCAAUUAUGGAAUAACUACUUUUUUGUUAAGUUUAAAAUAUAAAUGUAAAACAGUUAAUGGGAUAGAUAUCGAUUUCAACAUAAUAAAUAAAAAUAUAUCGAUAUUGAAAUUAUUCUUUGAUUUUAUUUUAAUAUAUAAUAAACAAAAGCAUAUGCUACCUUUUAUUUUGAAUAAAAAAUUUUUAAAAAAGGAAAAUGAUAUGUUUAAUGAGUUAUAUCUUUUAUAUGAAGAGACUAUAUUAAAAAAGGUAGAUAAAGUUGAAAAGGUUGAAAAAGUUGAAAAGGUUGAAAAAGAUGAAAAAGAUGAAAAAGAUGAAAAAGAUGAAAAAGAUGAAAAAAAAUUGGGGGAAUGUGAAAAUGAGUUUCCUUUUAAUAUAUACUUUUUGUGUUCGAACAUUUUUGAUAAAUAUUUUGAAAAUGUCGAAAAUAAAUAUGAUGUAAUUAUUUGUUUUUCUGUUUUAAAAUGGAUACACUUAAAUUAUGGUGAUAAUAAAUUAAUUUUGUUUUUUGAUUUAGUCUAUAAAUUAUUAAAAAGUGGUGGAUAUUUUAUUUUGGAAUAUCAUAGAGAAAUAAAAUAUAAAUUAAAAAAAAAUGAACGAAUAUUUUUUUUAAAAAAAAAAAAAGCGCUUAAAAUGAAUUAUACACAUUUUGAUAAUAUUGCUCAAGGGGGGUAUAAUAAUAUUGCUAAAUUUAUUUUAAUAAAUAAGACCGAUUUUAAAUCUGAUUCAAAGAGGAAAAGAGAUACUGGAAUGUUUAAUCGAACAAUAUGUAUUUAUAAAAAAAUAUAA